AUGUCAAAAGAUAGCGCGAGUAUUAUAUUUCUGACAGUGCACUACUUUUCUCACAUAGUUCAGUUAAAUAUAUUACCAGAAGAAUCUAAACAGUUGUUUCUCUUUUCUCAAUUAUCAAUUAUGACCAGUUCCCUGACGACGAUCCUCACAUCAAUUUACCAAACAGACGUAAUAUAUUACUUAUUUGGAUCAUGUUUGAUAUGUUUCUUUUUUUCAAAUCUGAAGACGUAUUUACAAAAAUGCGAUUGGUCGAAACUGCCAAAGUAUAAUCAAAGCAACAUUUUUCUUCUAUGUAAAUUUAUUUUACUUUCUCUGUAUGGUCAUUUUGAUGCUACAAUGUUAACACCUGUAUUUGAGAAAAAUAAUGAAAUUGGUUUUAUUCAUUUUAACAUUUUCUUUAUGAAGACCAUAAUGAUUUUCGACGCGGAUCAUGUAAAGUUAAUUUUGAACAAUCCUAAAAUCGUCGAUAGAUCACCAAUCGUAUAUGGCCUAGAAGGAGUUGUAAAUAAAUCUAUUACGUUCAGUAAUGGCAAUGAAUGGGCAAAGAAAAGAAAAUUAUUCACUCCUAUUUUCCGCAUGAAACAAUUAGACGAUUUUAUUCCAGAGAUAGAAAGACAUUCGCGCAAUACUUUAGAAAAAUUAAAAUCUUGCAAGAGCGAUGUCUCAUUUUCUGUAAAUGAAACAAUAAUGUCGAUUGCUUUCGAAACUAUAUUUGGAUUUCAAAAGUCUCUACACAUCGAAGAAUUUCCUGUGAUAGAUAAAAUAUGCGAAUUCGUAAACCAGAUGAGUUGGAAACGAACAGUCAACGUAUUUCUCAGAUCAAAUUUAAUUUUUGAUUAUUUUUCGAAUGGAAAGAAACUUAAAGAAUAUUGCAAUGUCUUAAAAGAAAUAUCUGAAAAAGCUUAUACUACAUUAUCGAAAACAAUAUGCUGGUGUUUGUACGAAGUUGGAAAAAAUCCUGAAAUUCUGGCAAAAAUACAAGAUGAAUUAGAUUCUAUAUUCGAAGAUGUCAAUUCUCCUAUUCGAAAAGAAGACUUGCAAAAAAUGGAAUAUUUAGAAUGUGUCAUUAAUGAAACAAUGAGAAUGUAUCCAGCAGUUCCUAUAACAGCUAGAUUAUCGAAAGAAGAAAUAUGUGUUGGCAACCAGAUUUUUCCUUCAAAUUGUAAUUUUCUGAUAUCGAUUUAUCAUCUUCAGCGAAAUUCAAGAUAUUUCCCUAAUCCGAACAAAUUCGAUCCACUUCGAUUUCUUCCAUCAAAUUCAGCAAAUAGACAUCCUUAUUGCUUUAUACCAUUUUCAGCUGGGAGAAGGAAUUGCAUUGGUAAGUUUUAUAAACAUUUAAGUUUUGAAAUAUUUUUAUUAUCGAUAAGAUAA